UCGUCCUGCCUCCUCAGGUCGGACUUCCUGCUUAAGCUUGUUUUGGAGUUAGGAUGGCCGAGGAUCUCGCGCUGUCUGUCCGGGUUUCUGAGAUCCGGGACCCGGCGGUUCUGUUUGAGCGGUACAACAUCGAGGAGAUCCGUCGAGUCGAACGCAGAGUCCGCGGGGAAAUCGAGCAGAAGAAGGAGGAGCUGAGGCAGAUGGUCGGGGAACGGUACCGGGACCUGAUCGACGCCGCCGACACCAUCGGAGAGAUGCGACAGUGUUCGGAGAGCGUGGUGCGGUCCAUCCAGGACAUGCAGCGGUUCUGUCACACGCUGAAGCAGGGCAGGACCAGCGGGGGCGGUUCCAGACAGGAGAACCGGAACCAGGUGCAGGAGAAGUUCUACACUAUGGCAUCUCAGAUCAAGCUGCUGCUGGAGAUCCCAGAGCGCAUCUGGAGCUCCAUGGAGGCGUGCCAGUACCUCCAGGCGACCCAGCUCUACCUGCUGUGCUGCCACCUGCACGCUCAGCUGCAGCUGGACUCCUCCUCGGGGGGACGCUACACCCCCAUCCUCACCCGCUUCCCAAUCCUGGUCCGGCAGGUCGCCACCACCGGACAGUUCAGGUCAGCCAUCCUGUUGGACAGCAGGUCCCUGCUGCGGUGCCGGGCCGUGUCAGACCAAGCCAUCGCUGAGGCUCUGGUGUCCACCAUGCUGCUGGAGGACAGCUCGCCUCGCCAGGCCCUAGCAGAGUUCCUGCUGGCCCGCAAAGCCUCCAUCCAUCAGCUGCUAAACCAACCACAGCACGGUGCGGGGAUCAAGGCCCAGGUGUGCAACCUGGUGGAGCUGCUGGUCACCACUCUGUUCCAGGCCUACGCUGUCUUCUAUCUGCCCCCAGAGGGAGUCUCCAGGUCAUCUGAGGGGGUUCUGAGCUGUGGGAUGCUCUUCUCCAUCCUGGAGGACAUCACCUGUGGCCCCCCCACAGCCAAAGGCAAGAAGGUGCUGCAGGAGGAGACCAGUACCAGCACUUGGUUCCGAUACCUGCCUCCAUCCAUCCUGGAGUUCCAGCCUACGCUUCGAACCCUGGCUCAGCCUAUCCAAGGAGAGCAGCUCCGGGACACCCUGCAGCAGUGGAUCAACACGUGUAAGGAGGACAUCUGUCAGGGGGUUGGUACCCUUCUGGUCUAUGUCUGCAGCCUUAAGGGACUAGCAGCCAUCAGGGAUGCCGUGUGGGACCUCCUGUCCACAGAGUCCAUCAGUCAGCACUGGAGCAGCGUGUGUCAGCAGCUCCUGGGGUGCCCCCUGGCGGUCUGGGAGGACUUCCUGCAGCAGCUCUUCCUUCAGCGCCUGCAGGCGAUCACCAAAGAUGAAACUGAAGCCAUCGCUGUAAGCUCGGUCCAGCUCCUGACUUCAGCUCUGAAGGAUCUGGAGGACCAGAACAUCUCAUUAUCUACAGGAACCAAUCCUGGUUCUGGCCAAGGGGUCCAGUAUGAGUUUGACGUUGCCUCCUUCCUGUGGUGUGAGUCUGCGGGGGACUUGCAGAGUGAUGCAGCUUGGGUCAGCGUUGCCCAGCGGAACCAGCAGCAGCAGAGAAGUGGCCUGGCCAUGAAGACCCAGGCACUCACGCCUUGUGUUCAGAACUUUUGUUCUUCUUUGGAUGCAAAGCUCAAGUCCCGGCUCGAUGAUCUUCAGCACUACCUUCCCACUCUGGAUACAGGGCGUGAGUCCAACCCAGUGUCCAUCUCUUCCUCCGGACCUUCGGAUGUCUCUGCUUCCUCAUUUAACCGCUUCACAGACUCUUCGGCGGUGGAGGAGGCCCUGCGUGGUGGCUGCGUGUCCUGCAUCCAUCACAUUCUGAAGUCCAUCCGCUCUGAGCUAGCCGUCGCCAUUCCAGGCGCCACGCCCGCCCGCCUAAGCUCCGCCCUUUUUGUGGCUCGGCUGUGCCAGUCUUUGGGGGAACUCUGCCCUAACCUCAAGCAUUGCAUCCUGGGAAGACACAGCAGGGCUGACGCUACAGGAAGUAGGACUCCCAGGCAGGGCAAUAAGCUGGGCAAAUCCAAGAUGGCUGCCGAGGUCAGCCCUGCACAGGCCGAGUGGAAAGAGCUGAAGCAGGAGCUUCUCAGCUGCAGCAUGGAGGCAUACCGCAUCUGGAGCUCCGCCCUCACCAAAGGGCUACUGGGCGCCUUCGGUGCUGCGCUGCAUGCAGAAGCUGCUGGUGCAAUUCUGACUGCUGCCACUAACUGGGAGGACCUGGAGAUCCAGGAAGAGACGGAGUCGGGAGGCAGUGUCACCUCUAAAAUCCGUCUUCCGGUCCAGCCAUCUUGGUUCGUGCAGUCUCUGCUCUUCCAGCUUUGUGUGGAGGUCAAUAGGGUGGGGGGUCACGCCCUUCCUCAGCCCACCUUACAGGAGCUGCUGCAAGCCUGUCUUAGUCAAAGUCUGGACCAGUACCAGAGCUUGUCAGCGCUGGAUUUUACCAAGGACGGGGUCUUCCCCAUGACCCAGAACCGAGCCCUGCAGCUGCUGUUCGACCUGCGCUACCUCAGCGCCACCCUGGGCAGCCGGCUGGAGGACGGGAAGAGCUCUCGUCCGAACCAGGAGCCCAGAUUCCACAAAGUCUGUGAUUGGUUGGAAGGUUUCAUCGACCCGUUUGACUUGGAUGUGUUCACUCCUCCGCUCAACGCCAACCUGAGCCGCCUGACCCAGAGAACCUCGGUGCUGCUGGGCCUGCUGACGGGAUCCGAGAAGCAGUUUUCUCCUCGGAGCAGCGUGGCAAACUCCCAGGAGCCGUACAACAUCCUGCCUCUGGCCAGCAGCCAGAUCAGGUUCGGGUUGUUGCCCCUCAGCAUGUCCAACAGUCGAAGGUCCAAGUCCUCGUCCAUAGGAGUGGACGCUUCUCAGAACACGGUCCCGCAGGUCUCUGCAGCAGGAAGCGAUCCUGGUUUCCGACCCGGCAGCCUCUUCAGACAGCUUGCUGAUCAGAAUGAGGACACGACCUCAGCGUCUCUGUUCAAACUCAGCUGGCUCUCUGGCAUGGCCAAAUAACCGAGUGCAGACGCAGCACUGUGUACAGUAAAAGUUUAGUUUGUCUGAG